CAUUGUCGGCCGAUGGUUUCUCCGACGAAUGAAAGCCAAGGCGAAACCGGUGCUUCUCAUCAACUGCAGGAAGCACAAUGGAGAGGCGACUCUUCUAUGUCUUGAGGGAACGAUGUCAUUCGUUUCCUCUUCCCUCACGACCCUCAUUUCAUCUGCGUAUCGUCUCCGCGAUUUCAAGUAUAGGACUAAGCAAGCGUGGCAUAGUUGAUUCCUGCUCUCCUUCAGAACCGCAGGUCUACCCUAGUUCAGGGUGGGAUAGCAUCGAUCCUUCCUUACUUGUUGAAGAGGAAUCAAUUCCUACUUACAGACCUGAAAAGUUCUAUCCGGUCCACAUCGGGGAGAUCUUCAAUCAUAAAUAUCAAGUAGUUGGCAAGUUGGGUUAUGGAUCCAGCGCAACUGUGUGGCUAUGUCGCGACUUAUCCGACCACCGUUAUAUAACAUUAAAAAUUUACACAGCAUCAACAUCUGUGACCCGCGAGAUCGAGGUUUACAAACAUCUCCGGACUAUCCAGUCUAACCACGCCGGUCUGCUGUGCUUACGAUCGUUGAUCGACAACUUUCAGAUCCAGAGCCCCUACGGACAUGGUGUUCACACUUGUCUUGUGCAUCCACCUCUCGGGAUCAGUCUUAGCCAGCUCACCCCGCUACUCCCAGAUAGGGUCAUGAGUAGCGCAAUGGUGAGAACUACCAUUCGGAACAUCCUUGCCGCUCUUGACUUCCUCCACACGGAAGCACGGGUUAUACACACUGAUCUCCAACCAAAUAAUAUUCUCCUAGGUAUCAAGGAUGGCUCGAUUCUUCUCAAAUAUGAGCAAGCAGAAUUUGAAACGCCUGUGCCUCGAAAGACCCUCGAGGACCGUACUAUUUACCUCUCACGGCCGCUCCCCAUCUCAUAUGGGACGCCUGUUCUUUGUGAUUUAGGUGAGGCUCGACUCGGCACAGACCAGCAACGGGGCGAUAUUAUGCCAGACAUCUAUCGAGCACCGGAAGUUGUCUUGAACAUGACUUGGGAUUACAAAGUUGAUAUCUGGAAUGUUGGAAUGUUGAUCUGGGAUCUGUUCGAGCAUCGCCACCUUUUUAGUGCUCGGGAUCCCGAAGGUAAAUUAGAUGAUGGGUAUCAUCUUGCGGAAAUGCAAGCAGUUCUAGGGAGUCCCCCUCCUGAGUUUCUCGCUCGGAGCGAAACGGGUCUCCAGUUUUGGGAUACAACCGGUAAUUGGAAAGGUGUAACUCCCCUUCCGGAUUAUAACCUGGAAACUCUGGAAGAAAGACUCGAAAGUGACGAAAAGGACGACUUUCUGCGUUUCCUCCGACGAAUGUUGUGUUGGAUACCCGAAGAACGAGCCACCGCAGAGGAACUUCUAUUUGAUCCAUGGUUAAUGCAUGGCCUCUUCAAGUGAACCAGGUAUGACUGUCUUCAAGGCUGCCAGCAGUCGGAACUUUGCUUUCCGGCAGGCGCCUUCAAGUCUCACUAAGAUUAGCCAAUUUGGGAUGUGGCUGAUACCGCCUGGAUACGAUAAGAAUAAUGGAUUAUCGUUGGCAGACAAUGCGAUUAGCAAGCAUCCGAACGUCUAGACCGUGGCUAUUCUAUGAAAUUUA